GCUGAGGCGGCCGCGGGAGCCGAGCGGUGGCCGGGCGCGCGGGGGGACGCAGGCUGCACUCCGGGGCGGACGCUCUGCCAUGAGACAGUAAAUGCAUCCCCCGUGGGCUGCUGCAGGCUAACAUCUGGACUUGGUUCCUGGCCCCUUGACUGCUCGGCUGCCCACAAGUUCCGGCAUCAACCUGUUGAAAACCGUAUUGCUGCUGACGGCUUCCCAGAUGCUUCAGAUAUCUUCAGGGAACUCGACUCUUUACAUAAACUGAGAAUUUAGGGAUUCUAAGUGAGAGCCUUCAGAUCAUCCAGGAAGAUGGUGGCCCUGUCCUUAAAGAUUUGUGUCCGCCACUGCAACGUGGUGAAGACCAUGCAGUUUGAACCGGCCACAGCCGUGUACGACGCCUGCCGCAUCAUUCGCGAGCGGGUGCCCGAGGCACAGACUGGCCAAGCUUCUGACUAUGGGCUGUUCCUUUCGGAUGAAGACCCCAGGAAAGGCAUUUGGCUGGAAGCAGGCAGAACACUGGAUUACUACAUGUUGCGAAAUGGGGAUAUUUUGGAAUAUAAAAAGAAACAGAGACCUCAGAAAAUCCGGAUGCUGGAUGGAUCUGUGAAAACAGUGAUGGUGGAUGACUCCAAGACGGUUGGGGAACUCCUGGUUACCAUUUGCAGUAGGAUAGGAAUAACAAACUAUGAAGAAUACUCUUUAAUCCAAGAAACUAUGGAAGAAAAGAAAGAGGAGGGGACAGGUACACUCAAAAAAGACAGGACCCUGUUACGGGAUGAGAGGAAAAUGGAGAAGCUAAAGGCCAAGCUUCACACAGAUGAUGACCUAAACUGGCUGGAUCACAGCCGAACGUUCAGAGAACAAGGAGUAGAUGAAAACGAAACCUUGCUGCUUAGACGGAAGUUCUUUUACUCUGAUCAGAAUGUAGAUUCAAGAGACCCUGUGCAGCUGAACUUGCUCUAUGUUCAGGCUCGGGAUGACAUCCUAAACGGCUCCCACCCUGUCUCCUUCGAAAAGGCUUGUGAAUUUGGUGGAUUUCAAGCCCAGAUCCAGUUUGGACCUCAUGUGGACCAUAAGCAUAAACCUGGAUUCUUAGAUCUGAAGGAAUUCCUGCCCAAAGAGUACAUCAAGCAGAGAGGAGCUGAAAAGAGGAUAUUUCAGGUAUCGGACAUGUGCAGAAGUUAUUCUUUUCCUCACUCCCUGGCCUCAUUUAUUAGCAUGAGAGGGCCCUCGGCAGAUGAUGGUCACGAUUUUGGGGAGUACCAGGAAAGCUACUAUUCAGUACAAACCACUGAGGGAGAGCAAAUAUCCCAGCUGAUUGCAGGCUACAUUGACAUCAUCCUCAAAAAGUUGGCCUCCACAACGGACAUUGUGACACCUGAUGUAUCUACACGUUCCACUCCGUAUGGGUGGCUUCUCCCCAGUGACCAAGACCCUUUUCCCCGCAGGUCCACCAUCUUGCAGCAGCAGUUCAAUCGGACUGGGAAGGUGGAGCACGGCUCCGUGGCGCUGCCCGCCGUGAUGCGCUCAGGCUCCAGCGGGCCCGAGACCUUCAACGUGGGCAGCAUGCCCUCACCACAGCAGCAGGUCACGGUUGGGCAGAUGCACCGCGGCCACAUGCCUCCUCUGACCUCGGCCCAGCAGGCCCUCAUGGGGACCAUCAACACCAGCAUGCAUGCUGUGCAGCAGGCCCAGGACGACCUCAGCGAGCUUGACUCCCUGCCGCCUCUUGGCCAGGAUAUGGCAUCUAGGGUAUGGGUUCAGAACAAAGUGGACGAGUCCAAACAUGAAAUUCACUCUCAAGUUGAUGCCAUCACAGCUGGAACGGCUUCAGUUGUUAACCUCACAGCCGGUGACCCUGCGGACACUGACUACACAGCAGUGGGAUGUGCAAUCACUACUAUUUCUUCCAACCUGACGGAGAUGUCCAAGGGUGUGAAGCUGUUGGCGGCCUUCAUGGAUGAUGAGGUGGGCAGCGGGGAGGACCUACUGAGAGCUGCGAGGACCCUCGCUGGGGCAGUGUCAGACUUGCUGAAAGCUGUACAGCCUACUUCUGGAGAGCCUCGACAGACAGUGUUGACCGCUGCCGGAAGUAUCGGACAAGCCAGUGGGGAUCUUCUGAGACAGAUCGGAGAAAACGAGACCGAUGAGCGGUUCCAAGUAAGAUAUUUGCCACGUUGUGGUCUUGGAAGAGGGUCUAAGAGAUGUGCGAUGGAGAGACUUUUUCGGGACUCUUCUUCAUCAAUGCCGGGGACAUAUGUUGUCUGUCCUCUGGCAGUGGCUGAUCAUAUACCUCAGCUGGUCCAGGGGGUGAGAGGCAGCCAAGCCCAAGCAGAAGACCUCAGUGCCCAGCUGGUCCUCAUCAUCUCCAGCCAGAACUUCCUCCAGCCUGGAAGCAAGAUGGUGUCCUCUGCCAAAGCCGCGGUGCCCACUGUGAGUGACCAGGCUGCAGCCAUGCAGCUGAGCCAGUGUGCUAAGAACCUCGCUACCAGCUUGGCGGAGCUACGGACCGCCUCACAGAAGGCCCAUGAAGCCUGCGGUCCUAUGGAAAUCGAUUCAGCCCUGAACACCGUGCAGACACUUAAGAAUGAACUGCAGGAUGCCAAGAUGGCUGCCACGGAGAGUCAGCUGAAGCCACUGCCAGGGGAAACGCUGGAGAAAUGUGCUCAGGACCUGGGAAGUACGUCUAAAGCGGUGGGCUCCUCCAUGGCACAGCUGCUCACCUGUGCUGCUCAAGGCAAUGAGCACUACACAGGAGUGGCUGCUAGAGAGACGGCCCAAGCUCUGAAAAUACUGGCCCAAGCUGCCCGUGGAGUGGCCGCAUCUACCAGUGACCCCUCAGCUGCGCACGCCAUGUUAGAUUCGGCUCGAGACGUGAUGGAGGGCUCAGCCAUGCUCAUUCAAGAAGCCAAACAGGCCCUGAUUGCACCGGGGGAUGCCGAGAGUCAACAGAGGCUAGCUCAGGUGGCCAAAGCAGUCUCACACUCUUUGAAUAACUGCGUGAAUUGCCUCCCUGGGCAGAAGGACGUGGAUGUGGCCUUGAAGAGCAUUGGCGAGUCCAGCAAGAAGCUGCUCGUGGACUCGCUACCUCCAAGCACGAAGCCUUUCCAGGAAGCCCAGAGUGAACUAAACCAGGCGGCAGCUGAUCUGAACCAGUCUGCCGGGGAAGUGGUCCAUGCCACUCGGGGCCAGAGCGGAGAGCUGGCUGCGGCCUCCGGAAAGUUCAGUGAUGAUUUCGACGAAUUCCUGGAUGCUGGCAUUGAGAUGGCUGGCCAGGCUCAGACCAAAGAAGACCAGAUCCAAGUGAUAGGGAACCUCAAGAAUAUCUCUAUGGCAUCCAGCAAGCUGUUGUUAGCCGCCAAGUCUCUCUCCGUAGAUCCGGGUGCCCCCAAUGCGAAAAACCUCCUGGCAGCAGCGGCAAGAGCUGUGACAGAGAGCAUCAAUCAACUCAUCACGCUGUGCACCCAGCAAGCUCCUGGCCAGAAAGAGUGUGAUAAUGCCCUCCGUGAACUCGAGACUGUGAAGGGGAUGUUGGAUAAUCCUAAUGAACCCGUUAGCGACCUGUCUUACUUUGACUGCAUCGAGAGCGUGAUGGAAAACUCCAAGGUUCUGGGGGAGUCGAUGGCAGGGAUUUCGCAGAACGCCAAGACUGGGGACCUCCCUGCCUUUGGGGAGUGUGUGGGAGUGGCGUCCAAGGCUCUCUGUGGGCUGACAGAGGCUGCGGCCCAGGUUCUGUCAGCAGCCACGAUUGUCGCCAAGCACACAUCAGCCUUGUGCAAUGCCUGCCGCAUUGCCUCAUCUAAGACAGCCAACCCAGUGGCCAAGAGACACUUUGUCCAGUCAGCCAAGGAAGUUGCCAACAGCACUGCCAACCUGGUGAAGACCAUAAAGGCCCUGGACGGGGAUUUCUCUGAAGACAACCGCAACAAAUGCCGUAUUGCCACCGCGCCUUUGAUCGAAGCCGUGGAGAACCUGACAGCAUUCGCAUCAAACCCUGAGUUUGUCAGUGUUCCCGCCCAGAUCAGCUCCGAGGGCUCUCAGGCGCAGGAACCAAUCCUGGUCUCGGCCAAGACCAUGCUGGAAAGCUCGUCAUACCUCAUCCGCACUGCCCGCUCCCUGGCCAUCAACCCCAAAGACCCGCCCACCUGGUCCGUGCUGGCCGGACAUUCCCACACUGUGUCCGACUCCAUCAAGAGUCUCAUCACGUCCAUCAGAGACAAGGCCCCUGGGCAGAGGGAGUGCGACAUCUCCAUCGAUGGCAUCAACAGGUGCAUCCGGGACAUCGAGCAGGCCUCACUGGCAGCUGUCAGUCAGAGCCUGGCCACGAGGGAUGACAUCUCUGUGGAGGCCCUGCAGGAGCAGCUGACUUCGGUGGUGCAGGAAAUUGGACACCUCAUCGACCCCAUCACCACAGCAGCUCGGGGAGAAGCAGCCCAGCUGGGACAUAAGGUCACACAGCUGGCAAGCUACUUUGAACCCUUGAUCUUGGCCGCGGUUGGCGUGGCUUCCAAGAUCCUUGACCAUCAGCAGCAGAUGACAGUGCUGGACCAGACCAAGACACUCGCAGAGUCUGCCUUGCAGAUGUUGUACGCGGCCAAAGAAGGUGGCGGGAACCCCAAGGCGCAGCACACGCAUGAUGCCAUCAUGGAGGCCGCCCAGCUGAUGAAGGAGGCUGUGGACGACAUCAUGGUGACGCUGAACGAAGCAGCCAGUGAAGUGGGGCUGGUGGGGGGCAUGGUGGAUGCCAUAGCAGAAGCCAUGAGCAAGCUGGAUGAAGGCUCACCUCCAGAACCAAAGGGAACAUUUGUUGACUAUCAGACGACUGUGGUCAAAUACUCCAAAGCCAUAGCAGUAACAGCUCAGGAAAUGAUGACUAAGUCGGUUACUAACCCGGAGGAGUUGGGAGGACUGGCUUCACAAAUGACCAGUGACUAUGGGCACCUGGCUCUCCAGGGCCAGCUGGCAGCAGCUACGGCGGAACCAGAGGAGAUUGGAUUCCAGAUCCGCACACGGGUGCAGGACCUGGGUCACGGCUGCAUCUUUCUGGUCCAGAAGGCGGGGGCCCUCCAGGUGUGCCCCACGGACAGCUACACUAAGAGGGAGCUGAUCGAGUGUGCCCGCGCUGUCACGGAGAAGGUGUCCUUGGUGCUGUCAGCUCUCCAGGCUGGGAACAAGGGGACCCAGGCAUGCAUCACAGCCGCCACUGCCGUGUCUGGGAUCAUCGCUGACCUGGACACCACUAUCAUGUUUGCAACUGCAGGCACUCUGAACGCAGAAAACAACGAGACGUUUGCAGACCACAGGGAGAACAUUCUAAAGACAGCCAAAGCCUUGGUUGAAGACACAAAACUGCUGGUAUCCGGGGCUGCAUCCACCCCAGACAAGCUGGCCCAGGCGGCCCAGUCCUCAGCAGCCACCAUCACCCAGCUCGCCGAGGUGGUCAAGCUAGGGGCAGCCAGCCUGGGCUCCGAUGACCCUGAGACGCAGGUGGUUUUGAUCAACGCCAUCAAAGAUGUGGCCAAGGCCCUUUCAGAUCUCAUUGGUGCUACCAAGGGAGCUGCCAGCAAGCCCGCAGAUGACCCCUCCAUGUACCAGCUCAAGGGGGCCGCCAAGGUGAUGGUGACUAACGUCACCUCCCUCCUCAAGACUGUGAAGGCCGUGGAAGACGAGGCGACCCGAGGCACACGGGCACUGGAGGCCACAAUUGAGUACAUCAAGCAGGAGCUCACGGUGUUCCAGUCAAAGGAGGUACCUGAAAAGACAUCAUCACCUGAAGAAUCGAUAAGGAUGACGAAAGGCAUCACCAUGGCAACAGCCAAGGCCGUGGCAGCUGGGAACUCGUGUAGACAGGAGGACGUGAUAGCCACCGCCAAUCUGAGCCGGAAAGCCGUGUCAGAUAUGCUGACAGCCUGCAAGCAAGCGUCCUUCCACCCUGAUGUCAGUGAGGAGGUGCGCACCAGAGCCUUGCGGUUCGGGACGGAGUGCACCCUCGGGUACUUGGACCUCCUUGAGCACGUCUUGGUGAUUCUUCAGAAACCAACCCCAGAGCUCAAGCAUCAGUUGUCUGCUUUCUCCAAGCGCGUCGCCGGAGCGGUGACUGAGCUCAUCCAGGCGGCAGAAGCCAUGAAAGGAACAGAGUGGGUGGAUCCAGAAGACCCAACCGUCAUUGCAGAAACAGAAUUACUGGGGGCUGCAGCAUCCAUUGAGGCUGCUGCUAAGAAGUUAGAGCAACUGAAGCCAAGAGCAAAACCAAAACAAGCGGAUGAGACCCUGGAUUUUGAAGAACAGAUCUUGGAAGCCGCUAAAUCUAUUGCUGCUGCCACAAGUGCCCUGGUCAAAUCGGCCUCGGCAGCCCAGAGGGAGCUGGUGGCCCAAGGAAAGGUCGGCUCCAUCCCUGCCAACGCAGCAGAUGACGGACAGUGGUCACAGGGGCUGAUUUCUGCCGCCCGGAUGGUGGCGGCAGCAACCAGCAAUCUCUGCGAGGCAGCCAAUGCGUCCGUUCAGGGACACGCCAGUGAGGAGAAGCUCAUCUCAUCCGCCAAGCAAGUCGCCGCUUCCACGGCUCAGCUGCUUGUGGCCUGCAAGGUGAAGGCCGAUCAGGACUCGGAGGCCAUGAGGCGGCUACAGGCGGCAGGAAACGCCGUGAAAAGAGCCUCAGACAGUCUUGUCCGUGCUGCCCAGCAGGCCGCGUUUGGCAAAGCUGACGAUGACGAUGUCGUAGUGAAAACAAAAUUCGUAGGGGGCAUCGCUCAGAUCAUUGCUGCCCAGGAGGAAAUGCUCAAGAAGGAACGAGAACUGGAAGAAGCAAGGAAAAAGCUGGCCCAGAUCCGCCAGCAGCAGUAUAAAUUCCUGCCCACCGAGCUGAGGGAAGACGAAGGCUAG